AUGACAUUGCGCGAUCACAAAUACACUGCACAUGCAACAGCAGAAGGCCAGGGGCGUAACGGCCGAGUCAAAUCCGACGACGACGACGGACUCUCCUUACGCCUUGCCAUGCCAAAGUCGUUAGGUGGAAAGGGCGACGGACAGAAUCCGGAGCAGUUGUUUGCGAUGGGUUACGCGGCCUGCUUCCUGAGCGCGUUACAGCUCGUGGCCGGCCAGCGAGGGCAGUCAGAGUCAGCAAAGAACGCGAAGGUCCAUGCCCAAGUCCAUAUGGGGCAGCCCGAAGCUGGAGAAGGAUACGGUUUGGAAGUGCACAUUCAGGUGGAAGGAGUCGAGGAUAAGGAUUUGAUACAGGCGGGGCACGAGGCGUGUCCGUAUAGCAGGGCACUGAAGCAUGGCGCCGUAGUCAAGGUGUCAAAGCAAUAA